AUGGCGCUGAUCACCGUGUCCUCCGCCGGAACCACCCUCCACAACCCCACCGUAGCAUUCACGACGCCGUCCAACUACGCCGCAAGACUAUCCCAGCUCAUGACCCUCAGCGCCUACAACACACUCUGGUGUCCCACUCUCAUCAUUGAACCUACCCCAUCCACCCUCACCCCUUACCUCUCCCCUCAAUCCCUUGACACCUUCUCCGCCAUUGCCUUCACCUCACGAACCGCAAUCCAAGCCUUCCGCCACGCCGCCUCCACUCUCCCCCAUCCCCCGCUCUCCCCCUUCGGUACCACCUUCACUGUCGCCGCCCUCGGCAAAGACUCCGAGCUCAUCGACCGCGAUUUCCUCUCCGGAAUCUGCGCCAGUUCAGAGCGGGUUACUGUUCUGGUGCCCCCGACGGCGACUCCGAGUGGCUUGGCGGCGGCGCUCGGUGCCGGCUACGGCCGGAGGGUGCUUUGUCCGGUCCCGCUCGUUGUUGGGCUGGAGGAGCCGCCGGUGGUCCCCGGUUUCCUGCAGGAGCUCCGGGCUGGCGGGUGGGCCCCGGUUCGGGUCGAGGCCUACGAGACACGAUGGGCCGGGCCGCGUUGUGCGGAGGGGAUUGUGAAGGCGAGCGAGGAGGAGGGAUUGGAUGCGGUGGUGUUCACUAGUAGCGCUGAGGUGGAGGGGCUCCUUAAGAGCUUGAGGGAAUUUGGGUUGGGCUUUGGGGACUUGAGGAGGAAAUGCCCAAGGUUGGUUGUUGCGGCCCAUGGGCCUGUCACUGCGGCUGGGUCGGAGAGGCUGGGAGUGAAGGUUGAUGUGGUGAGUUCCAAAUUUGAUAGUUUUGAUGGUGUUGUUGACGUUCUAAAUGUCACAUUGGCAAGGCUUAGAAUUUAG